AUGAUAAUUCAUAAUCAUGAAAAACAAUUAAAUAACAAAUUCAAAACUAUUACAGUUAGCAUAAAAAGAUGGACUAUUAAGGUAUCUUUAGUUAUAUUUAUUUUAGUUACAUACAGUUUAUUGUUGCUAUUUAAUAGACAAACCUGUGAAGCAUCCAACGAUGUUAGUGAUGAGGAAUUACAAAAUUCAGAAAAAAGAAUGAUGAUACCUAAUUUAAAACUGCGGCAGAUUUAUCGACAUGGGGUUGGUGAGUUUUAUCAAAUGCAUCAAAUAUUAGACAUAGAUGAGAAGGUAUCUCAAGAAUUAGGUGAGAAUUAUCAAGCUCAAAUUAAUAUGUUACAAGCAAGUGAAUUUAGUAUGGAAGAGUAUUAUGACAUUAAAUGGACAUCGAAUGAGAAUUUUAAAACAGAUAAUCCAUUUAAUUUUACAUUUAAUUUAAAGGGUAAAACAAUGAAAUAUUAUAGAAUGAAAAAUAGAGACCCAGAUCACAUUGAAGAUUAUUUAAAUUUUGCUUUCAAAAACCCAGAACUUGCAGAUUUGAUAGAUCUAGAUUGGUCAAAUGAUGAGGACAUUUUGGUGCCUGAUGUAGAAGAUAAACAUACUAUUUUGUCAUUAGCCAUACUAACAUCAAACUCAUAUGUAGGUACUCCAUACGAAGGUGACUGGAGGAACGUUACAGAUGAAUACAAUUCAACUGAACCAGAUGGAUUUGGUUGGGACGGUGAUGGGUUACGUGGAUAUAUUUUUACAGAUGAUGAGAAAAAGUUAGUUGUGCUAUCCAUUAAAGGUACAAGUGCAAGAGCUUUACCAGGUGGUGGUGGUGGUGGUGAUACAGCAACUACAGUAAAUGACAAAAUCAAUGACAAUUUAUUAUUUUCCUGCUGUUGUGCAAGAGUAGGUUAUUUAUGGACCACUGUAUGUGAUUGUUAUGAAAAAUCCUACACAUGUAAUGAAAGAUGUCUGGAAAAAGAAUUGAGACGUAAAGAUAGAUAUUAUUACGCCGUUAUGGAAAUUUACAAAGAACUUUAUAAGAAUUAUCCUGAUUAUAAUGUUUGGUUAACUGGUCAUUCAUUGGGUGGUGCUUUAGCAAGUUUAUUAGGUAGAACAUUUGGCAUUCCCACAGUUACAUUUGAAGCUCCUGGUGAAGAUUUACCUGCAAGAAGGCUACAUUUACCAUUUCCACCGGGUUUGCCAAGUUAUCUUGAAGGUAUAUGGCAUUUUGGUCAUAAUGCUGAUCCAAUUUUUAUGGGAACAUGUAAUGGAGCAAGUUCUAGUUGUUCUAUCGGUGGAUAUGCCAUGGAAACAGAAUGUCAUACCGGUCAAGUAUGUGUUUAUAAUGUGGUAAAGGAUAAAGGCUGGCAUGUUAAUUUGUUACAUCAUAGAAUUCAUACAGUUAUUGAUGAUGUAAUUGAAGAUUAUGACGAUGUUCCCAGAUGCGUUGACCCUGAUCCAUGUGUAGAUUGUUUUAAUUGGAGGUUUACUUCAACGGAUUGGGAGGACGAUGGUUGA